CUGAAAUAUACUGAACUAAAUUAAAUGACUGCAAGUAAGCAGUCAAAUAACUUCUUCAUUCAUCCGUCACAUUAGAGUACACCCAAACGACCAAAUUAAUCCGCUAGUAUAGCUAAAGCACGAUAAUAUUCGAGCUUCAAUUCAUUAGGUGAUCUUUCUAUUAAGUCUGGUCGUCUAACUGGAAGCUUCCUUCGAGUCCCUCUGGUAGCUCUCACCAUUGUAGUGCGACCGAGCCGUACUAUAUAUAAAAAACCAUGGCUCGGCUCAGAGACUCACGCUCACCAACUCCAGCAGGAAGCCAGCAACCCUCCAGAAGACAUCGUAGAGAUGACGAUAGAAAGGAUCGAGAUCGGUUUCGGGAUCGGGAUCGCCGAGACUACGGGCGCGACCCGAGACGCCGGAGUCGCUCUCGGAGCCCACACGAUGUGAGACGCCAUGCAUCUAGCGGAUCUAGCAGAUCUAGCGAUGUUCACUUUACUAACAAUUAUUUGGUACAGCGUCGUAAUCGCGACCGCGACCGGGAUAGAGACCAUGACUUCCGCCGCCGUGACCGUUCCGUAGACCGUCGAGGUGAUGACUACUAUCGAGGUGGAAGGGACCGUAGGCGUUCGCGUGAUCGCCUCGUAGAUAGGGAGGGGGACCGCUCUACCGAGCCUCGCCGGCGCAGAAGCCGCGACCGUGAUGGUGACAGAGAUAUCCGAGGCAGGCGAGACGACUCCCGUGAUCGAGUCAGGGGACGACGCGAAGGUACUGCUGACUCUCAUCCGCGCAGUAGGCGAGGUGAUAGCCGCGAGCGAGGCUCGGCGUCCAGCGAUGCCGCUAAGGCGAAGCCAUCAGAUGUAUGUUUUAUAAACUCGUGUUAUACUACGGAUACUAACACAUUUACAGGUAGAAUCGAAACCAAAGCCUGUUCCCGCCCAGUCUGAUACCGAUAAAAAGGCUGAACGUCUCGCCAAGCUGGCAGCAUGGAAGAAGAAGCAGGAGGAGAAGGAGAAACAGAAAGAACCGACUCCAGGUGGAACUCGGAAGCUUCUUGCUGAGAUGGACGAAAAGGCUAACACUGUACCCUCCAAUACAACACCUGUAGGAGCUUCUCCGACGCCAAUAUCGCCUGCUGACACGCAGGUCCCUUCACCAGCAACCCCAUAUGCUGGUAAAUUUGAUCCCAAGGCUAUCGCUAAAAAGUCGGCUCCUAAAGCGCACCCUCCUGCCGCG